GCCCGCCCGCCCUCCCAAAAUUCCCCGCCUCUCCCCGCAAAAGCCACGCCCGAAACCAAAAAAACCCGCGCGGCCGCCCGAAAUCCCCCUCUCCGCUCCCCUCGCGCCGCGCCGCUCGUGCCCAUGGAUCCGCGGGCGGAGGCGGACGCGGCGGCGGUGCUGGGCGCCGACCCGGCGGCGCUGACGGCGCUGCUGGCGGACCUGACCUCCCCGGCCAACGAGGCGCGGUCGCGGGCGGAGCAGCAGUUCCACGCGCUCCGCGGGUCGCACCCGGACGCGCUCGCGCUGAGCCUCGCGCACCUGCUGCUCUCCCCGGCGCACCCCUCCACGCCCAUCGCCGCCGUGCUGCUGCGCCGCCUCAUUGCCCCGUCGUCCCAGGCCUUCGUCUACCCCGCGCUGUCGCCCGCCACGCAGUCCUCGCUCCGCGCGCUGCUCCUCUCCGCCGCCUCCGCGCCCGCGCUCCCCAGGUCCGUCUCCAGGAAGCUCUCCGACGCCGUCGCGGAGCUCGCCUCCUUCCUCCUGCCGGCCAACGCGUGGCCCGACCUGCUCAGCUUCCUGUACAAGUCCAUCGACUCCCAGUCGUCCCCUCCGGGGCUGCAGGAGUCGGCGCUCAACAUCCUGGCCCGGCUGGCCUCUCACCUCGCCGCCGUCUUCCCCAACCUACACGGGCUCCUCCACGCCGCGCUGUCCCAUCCCUCGUCCGCCGAUGUCCGUGUCGCAGGGCUCAAUGCGGCCAUCAGCCUCAUCCAGUCCCUUCCGUCCGCUGGGGCCCGCGACCAAUUCCAGGACCUCCUUCCGGCCAUGAUGCGUGCUCUGGCCGAGUCCCUCAACUGCGGGAACGAGGGCUCCGCGCAGGAGGCUCUGGAGAUGAUGAUUGAGCUCGCUGGUGCAGAGCCGCGGUUUCUGCGCCGCCAGCUGCCCGACGUGGUCGCCUCCAUGCUGCAGAUUGCCGAGGCCCCGGGAUUAGAGGACGGCACCCGCCACCUUGCCGUCGAGUUUGUUGUUACACUCGCUGAGGCAAGGGAGCGUGCCCCUGGGAUGAUGAGGAAGCUGCCACGGUACGUUGGGCGGCUCUUUGCAGUACUUAUGACUAUGCUGCUCGAUGUCCAGGAUGAGCCGGCAUGGCAUGCCGCUGUGUCAGAGGAAGAAGAUGCUGGAGAGACCGGAAGCUAUGUCUUCGCACAGGAAUGUCUGGACCGGUUGGCAAUUGCUGUUGGCGGUAACACAAUUCUGCCUGUUGCGGCUGAGUUGCUUCCAUCAUUUUUCUCCUCUGAAGAUUGGAAGAGACGGCAUGCAGCAUUGGUGACCAUAGCUCAGAUUGUAGAGGGCUCUGCUAAGGUGAUGAUUAAGAAUCUGGAGCAGGUGGUUGGGAUGGUACUGAAUUCCUUCCAGGAUCCUCAUCCUCGGGUGAGGUGGGCAGCAAUUAAUGCAGUAGGGCAACUUUCAACGGAUCUGGGACCUGAGUUACAAAAUCAGUUGCACCAUGUCGUGCUACCUGCACUAGCUUCAGCAAUGGAUGAUGUCCAGAACCCACGCGUACAGGCACAUGCUGCAUCAGCUAUCCUAAACUUCAGUGAAAACUGUAGACCGGAUAUUUUGACACCAUACCUAGAUGGAAUAGUUGGGAAACUUCUAUUGUUGCUUCAGACUGGAAACCAAAUGGUGCAAGAGGCUGCUCUAACUGCUUUAGCAUCAGCAGCAGAUUCUUCACAGGAACACUUCCAAAAGUAUUAUGAUGCAGUAAUGCCAUACCUCAAGGCUAUUCUUAUGAAUGCGACUGAUAAAUCCAACAGAAUGUUGCGUGCCAAAUCAAUGGAAUGCAUUAGUUUAGUUGGUAUGGCAGUUGGGAAACAGAAGUUUAAGGAUGAUGCUAAGCAGGUGAUGGAAGUUCUCAUGACGCUGCAAGGAUCUCAGAUGGAGGCUGAUGACCCUAUAACAAGUUACAUGCUGCAAGCAUGGGCAAGACUGUGUAAAUGCCUUGGUCAGGAUUUCUUACCAUACAUGAGUGUGGUUAUGCCCCCUCUGCUCCAGUCUGCUCAACUCAAACCAGAUGUGAGUGUCACUUCUGCUGGACCAGAAGAUGAAAUUGGUGAAUCUGACGACGAGGGUGUCGAGACUAUUACACUGGGUGAUAAGAGAAUUGGCAUCCGGACUAGUCUACUAGAGGAGAAAGCUACAGCAUGUAAUAUGCUGUGUUGCUACGCUGAUGAGCUCAAGGAAGGAUUUUUCCCAUGGAUUGAUCAGGUUACAACUACACUUGUACCUCUCCUCAAGUUCUAUUUUCAUGAAGAAGUUAGGAAGGCAGCAAUUUCAGCAAUGCCAGAACUUCUUUGUUCAGCAAAAUUGGCUGUAGAAAAGGGUCAAGCUCAAGGUCGUGAUAAGUCUUAUCUUAAGCAACUAUCUGAUUAUAUAGUUCCAGCCCUUGUAGAGGUCAUGCACAAAGAACCUGAGCCACAAAUUUGUGCAAGCAUACUGGAAUCAUUGAAUGAGUCCAUACAGGUAUCUGGAACACUUCUUGAGGAAAAUCAAGUAAGAUCUGUAGUGGAGGGAGUAAAAGAAGUUAUAGUUGCAAGCGCUAAUAGGAGGAUAGAACGAACAGAGAGGGUGAAGGCUGAAGACUUUGAUUCUGAAGAAGAGGAACUACUUAGAGAAGAAAACGAACAGGAGGAUGAAAUUUUUGACCAAGUUGGUGAUUGUCUAGGCACUCUUGCCAAAACAUUCAAGACUUAUUUUCUUCCGUUUUUCGAUGAACUCUCCAUGUAUUUAACACCUAUGUUGGGCAAGGAUAGAACAUCAGAAGAAAGAAGGAUUGCCAUAUGCAUUUUUGAUGAUGUCGCUGAGCAUUGCCGUGAAGCAGCAAUUAGGUAUUAUGAUGCAUAUCUUCCUUCUCUAUUAGAAGCCUGCACAAGUGAAAAUCCAGAUGUCAGGCAGGCUGCAGUUUAUGGAAUUGGCAUUUGUGCUGAAUUUGGCGGUUCUGCAUUUAGACCUCACACUGGGGAGGCCCUAUCCAGAUUAUACAAUGUAAUCAAACAUCCUAAUGCGCUGGAUUUGGAUAACGCGAUGGCAUAUGACAAUGCUGUUUCUGCUCUUGGAAAGAUAUGCCAAUUUCAUCAUGAUAGCAUCGAUGCAUCUCAGGUCAUUCCUUCUUGGUUGAGUUGCCUGCCAUUAAAAAAUGAUUUAAUUGAGGCCAAGCUUGUCCAUGAGCAGCUGUGUACAAUGCUUGAGAAGUCCGAGAGGGAGCUUCUGGGUCAUAAUAAUCAGUACCUUCCAAAGAUUGUGUCUGUUUUCGCAGAGGUAGGGAUUUGGUGAAGAGAUCUGCCAGAUUAUCACAAGACUUUGUUUGUAAGAUGUUUAUCUCUCCACUUUGCUGAAGCUCAUGGGGAUAAAACAAUUUAGGAGCAAUAUGUUUGGUGAUAUUGCUUUUGAUGUAAUCUUUUUGCAUUUGUGUAAUACAAGCGGCAUUAUAUUCAUAGAUAAUGGUAGGUGAUUAUGCGGAAUCAAUACCACAUGAUUUCUCAAUGUGGUUUAUCAUUCUGCGGAGCCACACGCAUUCACGUGAUGCCUCGAAUAGUGCAAUAAUCUCAGAAUGAUUUGUAGAUGUAGCCACUAAGGUUUGUUUAGAUGACUUCCAUGAUAUAGCAGUUCCUCCAUGAAGGAACACAAAACCUGUCUGUGAUCUGGCAUUGUGGGGAUCAGGCAAAUAGCCAGCAUCAGUGUAUCCAACUAAGCUAGGAUCAUUGGUUUUCUGAAAGAAUAAGCCAAGAUCCUUAGUACCAUUCAUGUAUCUAAGGAUUUGUUUUGCUCCGGUCCAAUGACGCUUAGUCGGGGUACCACUAUGUCUUGCUAACAGAUUCACUGCAAAUGCAAUGUCAGGUCUGGUACUGUUUGCAAGGUACAUUAGUGCUCCGAUGAGACUGAGAUAAGGAUAUUCUGAUUCUAAUAUCUCUUCUCCCUCCUCCCGUGGUCGGAAAAUGUCCUUUUCCUUAUCGAGAGAUCGAACAACCAUGGGAGUUUUAUUUGGAUAUGCUUUGUCCAUAUUGAAUUUCUCCAAUAGUUUCUGGACAUAGACAGACUGGUGCACUAAAAUUCCUGAGUGAAGGUGCUCGAUUUUCAAACCUAAGCAAAAUUUGGUUUUACCCAAAUCCUUCAUCUUAAAUUCCGUCUUAAGAUGUUUGCGGGCUUCAUCAAUAUCUUGUGUAUUGCCAAUGAUAUUCAAAUCAUCUAUAUACACUGAUAUAAUGCAAAAUCCUGUGGAGGAUCUUUUGAUGAAGACGCACGGGCAAUCAUCAUUAUUGGAGUAACCUUUUUGCAAAAGAUACUCACUCAGUCGGUUGUAUCACAUCCUUCCCGACUGUUUAAGACCAUAGAGUGA